AUGAGCGAGACGAGACCAGUGCCGAGGAGAGAGAGUCCAUGGGGUUUACCGGAAGGUCACCGUGAGCCAAAAGCUCACCGCUGCAAUGAUCGUGUUGAAGACGUUGUCCAGGCGUUUUUCGAAGGAAACCCGUUUAAGACGGUUCCAGGACCUUUUAAGCUAUUCUACCGAUGCAUGCGCUCUAAGCCAGGAGAGGAACCAACAGAGCCAUUCAAAUACCUCGACCUGGAGCCUCCAAAGAGAGAAGCAAAACUUGAGUAA